AAACAAUUCUACUGCACCCUCUAAGCAUCGAUCAUACACUAUCUCAAUGCAUAUAUAAACCUCUCAGCAAAUAUAUAUAAUUAUUACGGAGUAUUAUUAUUAUAUACUCCGAAGUUAAUUUGGUUAAUUAGGUCAAUUAUCAUUAAGUGUACGGCUGCAAUGGUGAAACAUACUUGGAGCAAACAAAUUGGCGCCAUUGGAAGUGGAAAUCAUGCCAGCGUUUACCUUGCUUUCCCCAUCAGCGGCGGCGGCGGCGGAGAUAAUACUUCCUCCCCCAUCGCCGUUAAAUCCACCAAUAUCAACUACUCCCACAACCUCCGCCGGGAAGCCAGAAUCUUGAGACAACUAAGACCUGGCUGCUGCCCUCACAUCAUCCACUGCUUCGGGGAGGACGUCAGCGCCACUCCCCAAGGCGGCAGAGAUUUCAACCUUCUACUCGAAUACGCCCCGGCCGGGAGUCUCGGCGGUCUAGUCACUCCCAGCAGGAGCCGAAAACCCCGAAUCGAGCAAUCCGACGUACCGUUCUACGCGUACCAAAUCCUUCUCGGGCUCCGGUACGUCCACGACAAAGGGUUUGUCCACGGCGACAUGAAACCCGACAAUGUCCUAGCUUUUCCCGCCUCCUCCGGGAAAUUCCUCCUCAAACUUGCUGACUUCGGGGUGUCCACGCUGGCCGGAAAUAAAGACGUAACGUACUACGACGAGGACGGAGAAGAAGAUGAUGACGAUGACGAAGACGACGAAGAGCCGUGGUGCCCUCACUAUUGUCGGGGGAGUUUAGUAUACGCGGCGCCGGAGUAUCUGGCCACCGGGAUACACAACACGUCGGACGACAUAUGGUCUCUAGGCUGCAUGGUGGUGGAGAUGCUGACCGGAGAACCGGUAUGGCUGUGCAAAGACGCUAAUGAUUUGGUCAAUCAAAUAUUGGAUGAGAAGCCGGAGAUCCCAGAUGAAGAUGUUCCUGAGAUGGCAAGAGAUUUUUUAAACAAGUGCUUCUACAAGAAAGAGUGUGGAGAUAUUGAGGAGAGAUGGACGGCUAGGAUGCUUCUUAGGCACCCAUUCAUUCUGAACAACAAAGAUGUUAUGGCGUGUUUGGUUAGAAGUGAUGAUUCUGAUGAUGAGGAUGCGUUGAGUAGCGAAUUAGGGCAAAGUGGUGCUGGAUGGAUCAGUACAGAAGAUUUAUUCCUUCCUUUUGUAGCUUACGAAUUAUGAUAUUUUAGUAUGAUGUAUUAA